AUGUGGCUGGGUUGGUGUCUGGUAACGGUCUUCCCUCUCCCGGGCAAAACGAGCAGACUUCAUCUUCCUUCUCAAGUUUCUUUCUUUCUCGCUUCUUCUGUGUCUCCGCUCCCUUCAUCGCUUUCCAGAAACAUCCAAAAUUUCCCCCCAUCGCUUUCCAGAAACAUCCAAAAGCUCUUCUUCUUAGCUCUCCGUUCCUCCGUGCUCUCCUUCUCGCCGUUCAUGGCCGGAGCUUCGCAGAAGCAAGGGAGUGAUCAGCCUGUGGACUUCCAGGGAUUUCUCAAUGACUUGCAGGAUUGGGAGCUUAAUCUCAAGGACAGAGACAAAAAGAUGAAGCCUUCACUUGCUUCUGAUCAGAUUGGUGGGAAUGGGAGUUCUGUGCAGAAAAAUUAUGCGUCAGAUUCUUCAAGGAGGACCGUUUCAGGAGGACUUUUCGAUUAUUCUAGGAGCAUUGAUUCGAUAGGCAGGAUAUCAAAUGAUGAGAAUGCAGUGGAUGCUACUUCAGAGAAAGAAUUGGGCAAUGAGUAUUUUAAGCAGAAGAAAUUUGCAGAAGCUAUAGAGUGCUACUCUCGGAGCAUAGCUCUGUCGCCAACAGCAGUCUCCUAUGCAAAUAGAGCAAUGGGCUAUAUCAAACUCAAAAGGCGAGGAUUAUUUUUCUUUUUAUUUCAAGAGGCCGAGGAUGAUUGUACGGAGGCCUUGAAUCUAGAUGAUCGUUACAUAAAAGCAUACUCGCGUAGAGCUACAGCUAGGAAAGAAUUAGGAAAAUUUAAGGAGUCAAUGGAAGAUUCUGAUUUUGCCCUAAGGUUGGAACCAAAUAACCAGGAAAUUAAGAAACAGUAUGAUGAGGCGAAGUCUUUGUACGAGAAGAAACUGUUUCAAAAGAUAUCGGGAGAUUGUAAAGCCUCCACGAAAUCCUCAGCAAAAUUUGGAAGGUCAGACAUUAAAGUGAAUGGGGGUGGAGAUGUUUCUGUUUUGAGACCAUCCCAGGCUGCAUCAGCAGCUGUUCAGAAAGAUAAGACCAAGGUUGUGCCCCUCAAAAGAGAUUGUCUUUCUAAGUAUGUUCAUGUCUUUUCUCUGGUCUCAACUUCCUUUGGUCAACAGGAGGAUGGUGGUGGAGCUCUUGGGACCAAAGCUCUACCAAUAGAGGAAAUAGAAACUAUAAGCUCAGUGGCUGGUAGCAAAGCUGAAAGGCAACAUGUCAAAAUUCCUCAAGCACCUGCUGGCCCAGGUUCUAGUUCGGGACAAGUACAGAAUCGUUGCAAAACUGUAAAGCAAGAGCUUAAACCUUCUGUACAUGAGCUUGCUUCACGAGCAGCUUCUCGUGCCAUGGCCGAAGCUGCAAAAAACAUUACACCACCAACUUCAGCUUAUCAAUUUGAGGUUUCUUGGCGAAGGUUUUCUGGGGAUAAAACGCUGCAGGCUCACCUGCUAAAGAUCACCCCUCCAAGUGCAUUACCACAGAUAUUCAAAAACGCAUUAACUGCUCCUAUGCUGAUCGACAUCAUCAAGUGUAUUUCCACAUUCUUCAAAGACGACAUCGAUAUGGCGGUUAAAUACCUAGAGAACUUGACGAAGGUCCCAAGGUUUAGCAUGCUUAUCAUUUCUCUUUCAACACCCGACAAGACUGAUCUUCACAAGAUGUGGGACGAAGUAUUCUGCAGCGAGGCGACUCCAAUUGAGUAUGCAGAGAUCCUCGAUAACUUGCGAUCCGCAUAUUGCAUCGGAUGAUUGCAUAAAGUAGCUGACUUGUUUUUUCUUUUCUUUAUUCACCAAAAUUGUACCUGUAGGUGUAACAUACUUCUUUCAAGGUCUGAUGAGUAAUGAACUAAUGAUUAAUUAAUAUAUAUUAAGGUAAAGUGUUGUUACUGUUCACUAAGAUUAGAUUUUGGUUGGAUUGCUAGCACUGAAUGGCCUUGAGCCUUCUAAUGAGCUUUUUAUUACCUUUUGGAUUUGAGUUGCAUUUGCAAUGAAAUAGGUCUUUCAAUU